AUGGAAAACACCUGGUCAGUCAGAAGACUGCGCCCACGUGGUCCGGCCGGCGCCGCCACCCCAGCUCCCGCCCCAGCGGUCGAGCCUACUCCAAGCAAGCCGAGCAAGGCGCCAGCGGCGAAGAAGAAGCCCGCGGCCGCCAAAAAGGCUCCAGCUCCAAAGUCCAAGCCUAAGAAUAGUCGGACGAAGAAAGAGGUGAAGAAGGAGGAGGUUCAGCCGCAGCAGGAAGAGCAGGAGCAAGCCCGGGAUGUGGUUUCAGCCAGGGAUGACAGCCAACGGCAGGAGAGGCCAGCACCCCUUUCGACACCUCGUCUGAACCACCCCGUCCCUCGACUGAGUCCUCCUAUGGCUCGGUCACCCCCUAUAGAGAGACCACCAUUCAUCAACCUGUCUACACGGCCCAACACAGCCGGUCCGUCUGGAAAUAACGAGUCUCCCGUGUGGGAUGAUGGGCCCAUCCGACAGAGUGUUGAGUUUUCACCCGAAUCACCUCCCCGAGGAAGCUCAUCACACCACGAGUCUAGCAGCGCAACGCUGCAGGAUGACACGCCUAUCCGGAGGCCAGAUUCCAGAUUCGGCGUGGUGCUGACGGUAGACACACCGGAGGCGUCCACAUUUGUAUGGGGAAGACAACCAAUCGAUGAACAACCGAGACUGGAACGUCAGGACAGACCCUUCGUCGAGGCGGCCCCAAGACUCAGACGCCCGCAACGACCAACCUUUCUAGAGUCGACACCCAGAGUACCAGUGAGCCAGCAGGCCAUGGUCGAGCGGGAGGACGAGCUUCUCUACGGGUUGCCCAUCCGCCGCGUGAAGAGAGUGAAGCGCUGCCUACGCGGCCUAGUUUGGUUAUUCUGCAUUAUGGUACUCGGUCUCGGGUUCUUGCUCGUCGUCGAGGACGCACACCGGUUCCGCAACCUCGAGGACGGCGAGGAACUGCUACUGCCGGUCCACCAACCCGUCCUGGAUCUCUCGACUGUGCUCAUGGGCUUCUCCUUGGGUCCAGCUGGCACGGAUAAGCUUCUGAGGCGCAGCAAUGCGUACAUCGACAACAUCUGCCAGGGGCCCUUUAAAUGGGAAGAGCUGCGGACUUAUAAGAAGCCGCCAGGGGAGAGCUUCGAGAAGGAGGGUAAAACAAAGGCCAGGGAAAGAAAUAUGACGAGUCUCUUCCUGUCGAGUGCGGGCGACGACAGGGGCAUGCGAGCAGUGGCGAAGCUCUGCCAGGACGCAAAGGGACUCUCCCAGGCCUUGUCUCGGGCGGGACCGAUCGUCGGGACGGCGCAGAAGAUGGCACUGCAGGACACGGCCCGGGUGAUCGAGGAGAUCCAGGCGCGGCUCACCACGACGACGCCUCCUCAAGACGCCGGUUUCCCCGACCUCAAAGGUAGUCUCCUCAGCUGGAUCCGGCCGGAGAUUGUAUCGAACGACACAUCGCUGUGGGAGGAUCAGCAAAAGGUCAUGAAUGACUACCUGCUGUCGUUUGACAAGCUCGGCAAAGACGUCACAAAGGCAUUCGAGGAAGUCUCAAUAGAAGAAGAGCCUGUGUCAAGAGCCGGGACCUCCAACGAUGAGAAGCUGAUCGGAGGAUCUGCAAGGAAGAGGACCGUCCCGGUGUGGAAGAGAUGGCUGCGGCACCCACUUGGGUCGUCUCUUGAGCUAGCCCACCUGCUCAAGAACGAUGCUCUGGAUUUUCACAAGUUAUCCCAGGGCAUUGCUGACAUUGAAACGCACAUGUCAGAGUCUUGCCAGAACCAGGACGCCAAGAAGCGACCGGGCUGCCCGUACACCUGGGAUAGGUCAAAGGUUGAUCGCCCGACUCUGGACCUCGACUUCCACUCAUUAGAAUCUCGUGAUAAGGCUCGGAAGAUCGCUGGUGCUCUGGAUUGGAUCGAUCUAGAGCGCCAAGUUCUGAGAACCAUCUUGGAGUCCGAGAAUCCAAAGGGACCUGGGCUGCUGGACGGAGAGUGCGAGGUUGUACUCGACAGCACAAAGAAGGGCACCGGCGCCCUUAUAUCAACGCGAGGAUGGAUCCAUCCUGACCCCAUUUCAAACAGGGGUCAGGCGUAUUCAGCCCUACCGAUUUGUGCCCCGACGCGUGUGUUCCGGCCGAGUACAGAGAAAUAUGAUUGUAAGCUGCCGGGGAGCGACGAUUACUGGCAUGAUGUAUGGAACAUGAUGGGCCAUACGUUCGGCAUGCCUUCUCGCUUCGACACCCAGGUAUCAUUCAAGCGUGAUUCACAUGAGGACAGCAACAGUAAUCAGCAGACACGAGAUAUCCUGUGGAGGCACGACCUCAAGAUAUCGCAAAAGUCUUCUGUGUGGUGGAUCGUCAAGGACCAAGUGCCGCAUCCUACGAUCAAGCGGUUAAGGACAUCUUUCUUCUGGGGCUCGUCUCCCCUGCGUGGCUUCCGUCUACCAACCGUAGAACAGCAGGAUGUUCGGUUGACAAGAGGCCUGUCGCGGAUACGCAUAUUUCUAUGGCAAUAUCUGUAA